AUGGUUUACACGUCUCACAGUCAUGACUCUGGCAGUCCAUUGUUUACCAGUAAAUCAAGGGAUAAAAGGGCAUCUAAAACUUUGUAUUUAAAUACUGCUAGAACCUCUUCAUCACUUCCUGAUCUGAAUAAAUUGAAUGACAGCAUUGCUCCAAAGUUAGAUGGAAAUGAAAUGUCCAUUUUCAGCAACACUUCCACUAAUAAUCAUGAACAAGCAUCAGAUAGAAUUGAUGCUGACUAUAUUAUUGAACACUUCCAUGUGAUAUCGGAAGAAAAUGUUGGGUCUAGUGUCUCCUCUAGCUCAGUUGACCUGAGAGGCAUGCAAUCUCUAGUUAAUGAAAUGCAUCCAUUUGGUCUGAAAUUAUGGAAACCUGCGAUUUAUAUAAAGAAAAGAACAAUUGAGCAAACUCUAUACCAAGAUACGCAUGAGUUACUUAAUCACAAGAUAUCGAUAUUUGCUAAACUAUCUAACCUAAUGUGGCUUUGCACGGUUGGUUCAGUACUGUUCUUGGUGUUAAUGAUAAUAAGAACUCUACUACUAAUCUUGGACAUUUUUGUAAUGGAUCCAUUAUUGCAAAGAUUCAUAGACUGUUACAAGAAUUUUGCAUAUUAUUUGCUUCACCCUUUUGGUAAGGUCGUAUAUUUGAAGGAUCAACGGCCUACAAAGCUUCUUAUUAUUAAUGAUAGACGAAAGGAAUACGGGUCGACUGAUAAUCAACAUCGAGAUGUUGGUUAUGGUGCUGAAAUUAAUAAUACAGAACAAGUCAAUUUUCAAAAAUCAAAGAACUUCUUGAAGUCUUCUUUACGAGUAAGUACCAGGAAAGAAUCUGAAUCUUUCAAGUUUCCAAUUAUUGAAUUUCUAAAUAAUGUGAUUGUAUUAAAUCUCAUACGGGCUAUUUUAUAUGUGACAUCCAUCUUUUUGCAUUUAUGUGUCUUUCCUAUUCCUCUGAGUGAUAUUUUAUGGAAUGUUAGUGACACUUUAAAAGAAGAUCCAUUGCAAUUGGAGUUUUUACCAUUGCAAGAUUAUCAACAAUUGUGUUCAGAGCAAAAUGAACACACUGACUUGAGGUAUCUGUAUUCCACUUUAAAAGUUGCUGAAAAAUAUUAUACAAAGUUCACAUAUAAUGGCAUUAAUAUUAUAAUUUCCAAUCUUCUUUGUUUUGCAGUGUUAACGAUUUCCAAUUACUAUAUUCUUUACAGAUAUUUUAACAUUGAAAACUUCAUUACUGACCCAAUACUCUUUUUCAUUAUGUGCUUGGUAUCGAUGAUUCCAUUGUCAUUCUAUAUUGGUCAGUCUAUAGUUUCCAUUUCUGCUAAAUCAUCCAUAGGUCUGAGUGCGGUGAUCAAUGCAUUCUUUUCAUCAAUAGUAGAGAUAUUGAUGUAUUGCAUAGCAUUAAAUCAUCAUGAAGGACUAAUAGUAGAAGGAGCAAUUAUUGGAUCCAUACUUGGAUCUAUCUUAUUAUUACCUGGCUCUGCUAUGUGCAGUGGUGCUAUUAAAAAGAAGAUUCAGAAAUAUAAUCCUGCUAGUGCGGGCAUAACCUCGAUUCUUUUAAUAUUUUCUAGUAUACUGAUCUGUAUCCCCUCAAUUAUUGAUAUUGUAUAUGGAGAAUACGGAUUUGAAUGUGGAUCAGCAUACAAAACAACACAAAGGUAUCUAUCUACAGCGAUGGAUACGUGCCAUGUCAUUCGGUAUGAACUGAAAUAUAAUGACUUCUAUCGCCAUAAAAUCGUGCAUGUAUCUCAACUAAGUUCUGUAAUAUUAUUUUCAGCAUAUGUAAUAGGUUUAUGGUAUACCUUGAAGACUCAUGCUCUAAUCGUGUGGUCUUUCAAAAACUCUACAGUAAGUAAUGACAUUGAGAUGGAGGCUAUUGCAGUUCCAGAAAAUGCCUCUGAAGUUCUGUUAGCACCUAUUUUGAAUGACCUUGAGGGAAACAGAACGGAGCAAGAUUCCCAAAAUGAAUUGAAUAGGAACCAAGCAAGAGGCAAACAUGCCCAUAAGAGCAGAUUGUCACUCCAAUCAGAGACAUCAAAUUGGUCUAAAAGGCGAUCUAUAUUCAUCCUUCUUGUAUCUACUGUGGUAUACGCAAUAAUUGCAAAUAUACUAAUCGAAUCUCUCGAUGAACUAAUGCAAACUUAUUCAGAAACGAUUCAUCCAAAGUUAGUCGGUCUGACAGUAAUCGCAUUGGUACCCAACACAACUGAAUUCGUUAACGCCAUUUCAUUUGCAAUGCAAGGUAACAUGCCAUUAUCGAUGGAGAUAGGAAGUGCCUACUCAUUGCAAGUUUGUUUGUUGCAGAUUCCAGCUUUAGUCCUAUAUAGUACAAUCAAAAUGGCAGUAACCUCAGACAAAACCAGCAUCAACGUCAGAGCAGACUUGUUUUCAAUGGUAUUCCCAAUUUGGGACAUCAUAUGUCUCCUAACUAGCAACUUCAUGUUCACCUACAUCUUCUCAGAAGGCGAUUCAAAUUACUUUAAAGGUUCAAUCAUCAUCAUGCUCUACUUAAUUCUCAUUCCAGGAUUCUAUCUGCAGACAGAAAGAACAUAG